AUGUACCUGACUCUAUUCCUCUCUUGGUGCUGCUGCUGCGGCUGCUUCUGGGGAUGUACCUUCGGGACGGGAUUUCUCUACCAGUUCCCCGCCUCAGCCCUGCAACACAACUAUCCCGAGCAGAACUCCGGAGGACCUUCUAGCAACGGCUUUACCAAUCGGCGGCACUGGUGUCACUACACGGUCACCCGGACAGUUUCCUGCCAGGUGCAGAACGGCUCUGAGACGGUGAUCCAGAGGGUUUAUCAAAGCUGCCGGUGGCCAGGACCUUGCGCCAACUUAGUGAGGACCCUCAUCAGACCCACGUACAGGAUCUCCUACAGAACGGUGACUGCCCUGGAAUGGCGCUGCUGUCCUGGCUUCACUGGAAACAGCUGCGAGGAAGAAUGUAUGAAUUGCACAAGACUCACGGAUAUGGCUGAGAGGCUGAACACGCUUGAAGCCAAGAUCCUCUUGCUUGAAGCUGCCGAGCGUGCCCCGCCUUCCGAGAAUGACCUGCCAAUGGCGAGGACGACUGCCACGUGGUACGAUGAAUUGCUGCCUGAUGCCAUUCCACUCGCUAACCCAGGGACCGCCCUCAGGAAGCCGAUGGGAGCUGUAGGGUUACCAGGAUCCACUGGGAAACCGGGAGUCCAAGGCCCGAAAGGUGAAAAGGGAGAAAUUGGUGACAGAGGGCCAGCUGGACCACCUGGGCUUCUUGGACCUCCAGGACCCAGGGGCUAUCCAGGUGAGAGUGGAAUCCCAGGUCCACCUGGACCUCCCGGACCCCCAGCAUCGCCAAGCCUCCCCUUACCAUUUCAGCAAGGGGUUCUGUACUCGCUCCAGCCCACAGCUGAAAAAGAAAAUGGAGAACCUCAGCUAGCAUCCACCGUCAUUGAUACUGUCCUGGCUGGUUUGCCUGGGCCACGGGGCGCUCCAGGACCUAUUGGACCCCCAGGCCCUCCGGGAUCAUCGGGCCCCAAAGGAGAAGCAGGAUCAGUGGGUGCCCCCGGGCUACCGCAAGAAGAGUUGGUUUUAUACCCCACUGGUGAUCCUGGCAAGAAAGGUGAAGAAGGAGACAAAGGUGCUGAUGGUGAAGGAGUCCAGCAGCUUCGAGAAGCACUGAAGAUUUUAGCUGAGAGGGUGUUAAUUUUAGAACACAUGAUCGGGAUUCACGGUGAGUGUCGGACAAGUCCUUAG